CGACGUCGAGCAACUAAAGCGACUGUCACGUGAUCCUUUCAUUAUCGUUCGCCAUCUUGUCUGGUUUGCUGAACUCGGUGAUCUGAAAUUCCAGAAACAUGCAGAACGAAGCUGGGGAAUACGUUGAUCUUUACAUCCCAAGGAAGUGCUCCACUAGCAACCGCAUCAUCCACGCCAAGGAUCAUGCAUCCAUUCAGAUCAACUUAGCUGUCGUCGACGAGUCGACCGGUCGUGUGACAGGGGAGACCAAGGCCUACGCUAUUUGUGGAGCCAUCCGGAGAAUGGGUGAAUCCGACGAUUCCAUCACACGGUUGGCACAAGUGGAUGGCUUCAUCCCAAAGGACUACUAGCAAGUUUGGCUAAAUAAAUUGUCAAAAUAA